CUGGGAUCAGCGUAAGUGUAUUCGGCCGUGUGCAAAGAAUGAAGCAUCCGAAAGCGAGAAUCUCAAGACCGAAACGGUGCGUUUCAGAUGUGCUGCCGAUGGUCCACAUUCGAUGAGCUGUUAUGCCAUUUUUACGGACGACGUAUACCCUUGCUGGCUAACCUAACGCGUUGGCCCUUUUUUGUUUGGCCCGCAAACUGCGCCAAACCACAGAAUUGUGAAAUAAACGAACGAAACGAAAAGAAAAAGACAUGAACGAAUUGGUAAAUGGCAUCGCCCAACGGUGAUCUACAUGUUUUUUUCCAUCUCUCACUCUCUCUCUCUCUCUCUCUUCCCCUCUAUCUGUCUCAUCUUUGUCCCCAUGAACGGUAAGUUCCUUUUUCCUUCAUUCAACCGAAUCUGCACACAAGGUUCUUCCAGCGCAUAACCCAUUCAAUUUAUCGUUAUUGUUAUUGCCAUCCCCCAAAUUAUGGAGCAUAAUCGAUGCCGAACGAAUCGACAGUGGUACAUCAUCGAGGUAAAUGGUUGUGGAAUCUUUCUGCAUGUUAGAACGUGAGCCAAGCCGCCUGAAAUGCAGGAACUAGUGCAAAAACCGAAACGACAUGACCGCUCUACGCUUGGUUCCAUUCGACGAUACGUGAAAGAAAAAUUGAGUUUAAGACCCAAACACAUUUUCCUCGUCCUGCUUUAACUCAUCCGGAUGAGAAUUCCCCAAAAUUGUUGCAUUGUCGUUCAAAUUUAACCCGGCUGAUCUAGGUUUCCUUUCGAUAUUCCAACCAAUCAUUUUCUAACGUAAGUACGUAACAGAUAAGCCAUAUAAUUAUCACCCUAUGGUGUUGAAAUUGCACUUCAAAUGUUAGUACUGGCGCGAAGAAAACAGCAGAGGAAACGUUCACGAUUAAAGACCGAAUGCGCCCAACAAUCGGUGUAAAAUCAACUCAUGACAAAGGAUGACGACUGUCGAUAAAGUGCACCACUUAAAGUCAGGAAAUUGAAGGGUAUAAAUUUCUGAUUUUCAUGAAUAAUAAAAAUUCAUACAGAAUCCUUGUUUGUCCAAUGUCAUUGAUCAUUUAAACUUGAUAGAAACUCAUUUUUUAUUGAAAAUUCACUCUGUAAAAUUAAGACUAUUAACAAUCAAUCAACAUAUUUCACAUUCAGCAGAGCAUAAGAACAAGGUUAGAAGUUUUGUGCGGACAGUCACUAUGAAGCUAUGCAAGACAAAACUCAAGAACAAUAUUAUCUUGCAGUUGUUUGAAAUUGUAGUGCAAGUGUCGCUAUGCGCUUCAGGAAGAAUUCCACUUUUCAAUGCAAGUUUCUACUCCGAGGCAUUGCUCGAGCUUCAUCGACAGUUGUGUCCUGCAGAACAAUUUCGGAACCUCGUAAUACUACGGCUUAGUGAUGAAAGACUUUUCGAUACCGUAUUACCAGCUAUUAUGAGUGAUCAGACGCACACCAAUACCAUAUUGGAUCGAGCGACGCAAUAUUAUUCUUAUGCUAAUAAUCAACGCUACUGUAACUUCAUCCCAAUUGAUAAUUUAGUACAACUCGGAGUAAGAAUUGCUGGGUCUUUGCUGUAAAACUGCAACAAACUUCAUCCAUCGUAACUUCUUCAAUUUUCAGGGUGCACAUUAUGUACAACACAACAUUCGAACGAUAUUCUUCUACCCGAAAUGGAUGUACGACAUAUUUCACCAAGAUCCGAAUUCAACGAUUGCUAAAGCUUUCCAGAAUGGUUACGAAGUGGUUUACGAUCUAGACAACACGAUGGAAAUUUUCCAUUGGAAUCGUUACUCGCAUGAAACGAUCACGAUCGACCAUCGCAACAUUUUCAUACCGGACGAGAUGCGUGAUUUGCAUGGCUUUGAAAUAGAAAUGUACGCAUUGGAGUACGCGAGCAAAGUAAUGACUUUCGACGCAUACCUUUUGGAGCAGAUUUGUAUGAAGAUCAACGCAACUCCAGUGCCGACGGAAAUUAAUUCACCACGCAUAUCAGUAAGUGUUCUGGUCAGCAUAAAAAUUCCUAACGCACAAGAGGUAGUAACUGGUGCAGGAACCGUUUUUUGGGCAGUAAACGUCCCCCGAGCCAAGCCCAAGUCAAUCAUGUCGGUACUGAUCGAUCCAUUCGAUAUGUAUACAUGGAUCACAUACUUCGUAUUAGUUCUUGCAAUGGCCAUUAGUCUUAGUUUGUUUGGAACGCUUCUCGGAAGGCAUCAUUUCUUGGAGAUAGUUCUAGAGCUGAUCAUGAUUUCUAUUGCGGGUCCAUCCAGGACAUAUGGAGGAUCGUUUGAGAAUCGGAUCAUCACUAUAUUCUGUCUAAUGGGCAUAGUGAUCGUUUCGUCUUAUCAAUCGCUUGUUAUAUCCUUUAUGUCAUUUGUGCGUUAUCAUCCCGAGAUCAACACGUUGGCAGAAAUAGAAGAACGAUGCGUUUUUGAUGACAAGGACGCAUCAUUUUUCAACUUUAAGACAUACGCUAAUGAUUCAUAUGGUGAUAGAGAUGAGCAAUGUUUUUUUGAAAUAGGACGAGAUAAUGAACAACGUACUAUAUUGAUAGCCUCCAAACUUACGUUAGGCAGGCGCUUGUUUGGCGUCGAUGACUACACACGUUACAGAGUCCAACAUUAUCGCUACGCCAGUACUAAGUUUUUCGAAUACCAACUGUGUUACUUUAUUAAUCCACGUCUACGAGAAGUAUUUAAGUUUUAUAUACAUGCAAUAUUCGAGUCAGGUAUCUAUGAUCAUUACUACAACAACAAAUCACAACCCGCGUGGCUCUACAAGCAAGAUACCUUUGUUGAUCGCGUGGUGAAGGUAGGUGAUCUUACAUUACUUUGGUAUGCAUACGCGGUUGGAACCUUACUGAGUGUUAUAUGCUAUGUAGUAGAGACAGUGGUUCAUAAGGUAUUUGAGGAGUGAUCGAUUCGAAAACAAUCUUCGUCUUUUAAACGGUUUUGUAUCGUGUUGUACGAUAAUAAAAGCAAAUAAAUUUCUACCUGAAAGGUUUUUUUCAUCUAACGAAUGGAUCACAUUCUGUGUCAUGAUAAUAA